UAAAUAUUCCACACCACCGUGAUUGCAUUGAAUUAGAUUCCAAUAAGCAAAAAUGACUCGUACUAUUCCAAAGACUGUAGCUAUAAUUGGUGCUGGACCAUGUGGUGCUGGGGCUGCCAAAGCCUUCAUUGAAGAAGGUGAUUUUGAAAUCACCAUCUUUGAGAAAAGAAGUGGUACUGGUGGAUUAUGGAAUUAUACUACUGAAUUAGAUGCUGAAACUACUCCUAUCCCAUGUGAAUCCCAUACUUUCGAGACUAGCUCUGUAUUCAACAAGGAAAAGAAUGAAUACAUAUGGCCAUCUCCAGUUUAUGAUUCUUUGGACACAAAUGUUCCAAAGGAUAUUAUGAGUUAUAAUGGUAUCCCUUUCCCAUCUGAAUUGCCAUUAUUCCCCCACAGAUCUGACGUGUGUAAGUACAUGAAGGAUUUUGCUGCUCCAUUGGAAAAGUACAUUCGUUUUAACACCAAGAUCAUCAGUAUUGAACGUGAUGAAACCGACACUAAAUGGGUUGUUGUAUCCCGUCCAGUUGUUGCUGAAACUGAAGGAGCUAAAAUUGCUGCCAAGUCUGGUGAAUUCCAAGACUCUAUCGAUGAGUUUGACGCUGUAGUUAUUGCCACUGGUAACUAUGAUGUUCCUUACAUCCCACAUAGAGAUGGUAUGGAAGCAUGGACUGCCAAAUACCCUCACUCCAUCGAUAAUGUCAAGAAUUACCGUUCCGCAAAGCAAUUUGAACACAUUAAGGGGAAUAUCUUAGUUGUUGGUAAUUCUGCUUCCGCAAAUGAUUUAUGUUUCCAAUUAACUCAAGAUCUUAAGAGAGAAAUUUAUAAGCUGAAAAGAUCAGAGAAUGUAAUGCCUGCCGGUUCUUCCCAAUUAAUCAAGGAAGUUCCAGAUAUUAAGAGAUUUGAUGCUGAAACUAAAGAAGUUCAUUUCAUUGACGGAAGCAAAUUGGAGAACGUGGAUAAGAUAGUAUUUGCUACUGGUUACCUAUUAUCAUUACCUUUCUUCAAGAAAAUUAACGCUGGUGAUAAGCCUUUGCUCACUGAUGGUCGUAGAGUUCAUGGUAUUUACGAACAUAUUCUUUUACAUGAACAUCCAAAUUUGGCCAUCAUUGGGUUAGCUAGAUACAUCUUACCAACUAGAACAGCUGAAACUCAAGGUUCUUGGGCUGCUAAGAUCUUUGCUGGAAAGCUUCCAUAUCCUUCGAAGGAAAAGAUGCUUGAAUGGGAAAGUGAAAGAGUUGCCACAAAGGGUGAUGGUAAGCCAUUCCACGAUUUAUUGUUCCCAGAAGAUGUCCAUUACUGUAACCGUUUAAAUGACCAAGUUGUGGAAGCAAAUACUGGAUUGAUUCCAUUCAUCUGGGAUAGAGAACAAAUUUCUAUCCGUGGAUCUAUUAAAGAUAUCAAGGAAGCUUAUAUCAAGUACAGAACCGCUACUGGAAAGUUGGCUCUGUCGUACCAAGAAUUGGUUGAAUCUGGUUAUUUGAAAUCUUUUAUGUUAACUGAUGCCGAACUUAAGGAAAAGGGAUUUUAAGACAUACAAGGAUACAAUAGAGACAAUAUAAAUAUGUUAUAGAAUAGAAUAGAAUCAAUCACCUAUUUCAUAUAUUAAUAUCUACGUAACGAUAAAGCCAAAUACCGAUUUUUUCUAUGUAGGUUUCACGUUGAUAUUAUAUGUAUAUAUAUUUUUUUUGUAUUUUGAAUAUAUCAUCUAUCCAUGCUCUAUUUAUACGACGAUACUCUUCAUUUUUUUCCUUAAAUUGUUCAGUUUUAUAUCACUUGAGACCUCAU